CGCUAAACAAUUGUGUUUUGGACCAAAAACAGGGAACUCUCCUCCCCAAUCCAAAUAGCUGUACGGCCUUAGACACCUGCAGUAAAGUGUCACAAAUUCAUCAGGAGUACUGCGUCUCUUGUUCUCAGCUCAAAAGUAUUCGGCAAAUUCAAGUCAAGUCACUCUCUUCUUGCCCGAUUGUGUCUACUUAGCUGGAAAUAAGUGAGCCCAUAGGAUUCUGAAGGACUUGUUGGGACAGAAGGUAUAUAAACUGUAAGGUCAGCUGCUAAUUUUUCAGACAGAUUCAUGUUCUUUGAAAGACUUUGAUGCAUGAUAGCUUCAUCAAGUAAAACUCAAGUUAUGGAAUUUGCAAAUGAACUGUCAUCAUCUUUGAGCUUUGUUUCGUCCUCCUAUCUAUCAAAUGGGUCCAGUUCCCACAAUGUUCCUUCCUCCACUGGCUAUGAGCCAGGUGCCAACCUUGAAUUGUUGAGUUUGAGUAAACUAAGUGGCAGUAUUGAGAAGCUCCUGGUUGAUGCUGAAUAUGACUAUAGUGAUGCAGAUAUAAUUGUUGAGGGAAUCUCAGUGGGGGUUCAUCGGUGUAUUUUAGCUGCACGAAGUCUAUUUUUCCAUGAGUUGUUUAAGAAGGGUAAUGAUAACUCUGUGAAGGAAGGAAAACCAAAAUAUCUCAUGUCUGAAUUGGUGCCCUACGGCAGGGUAGGAUACGAAGCAUUUACUGUUUUCUUGAAUUAUUUGUAUACUGGAAAGCUUAAGCCAUCUCCGUCAGAGGUGUCAACAUGUGUUGAUAAUUCUUGUGUCCAUGAUGCCUGCCGCCCUGCUAUUAAUUAUGCUGUGGAACUGAUGUUUGCUUCUGCUACUUUUCAGAUGAAAGAGCUUGUAAUGCUUGUGCAGAUGUAA